AUGCUGACCUUCUUUCUUUAUGUUCUCUCAUUCCACUUAGCGCAGCAAAUUGGAAGUUUUUUUCUCUCUGUUACUUUUACCUUUUCUUUUCUUCCCUUUCUCAAAUUGGUCUUCUCGACACUCUCCUCUCACUUCUGCAUCGAUAACCACUCUCUCUUUCGAUUUCUCUCACUUUUUCAAUCACUCCGACACAUUCUAUAUUUCCUUCUCCCACUCUCUCUAUAUAUUUUAUUUUUCUCUCUCACUCUCUCUAUUCCGCCGUUCCCCACUCUCUCAUAUUUCAUUCUCUUUUCUCUUAACCCCCUCCCCGCCUUUAUUUUUUCAGAUUUCAUUUUUCCUGAAAGAAAUCUACAAAUGGCUUCAUCGUCUUUGAGGAAUGAGAUAAAGGAAGCGAAAAAGCGGCUCGUCGACUUGCAGGAAGAUGUCGAAGAUUUCGAAAAGCGGCUCCGUGAAAGGAUUGAACGGACGAGGAAAUCGAUUAAACAAUUAUCAAUCGAUUGCGAAUUGAAUUCCUCAAAAGUCUGGAAGGAUUUUGAUGCGCUGAGGGAAGAGGCACGGAUGAAGGCCGAAGAAUUGUGCAACCAAAUGAGACGAAAGAUGACCGAAAAACAGAGCAAAUGGCGCCAAUCCCUCGAGGAGAAAGAAGAGCUUUUGGAGGAGGCGGAAAAAUGGCUCAUCGAUUUGCGCCAUUUGUUAGGCGACUGCAACGUCGAUGAGGACAUUGUUUGUGAUGUAGAACCGCUGAGAGCGAAGCUUUCAUGGCGGCACCAUAAAUCGUUUGCUCCUGUUGAGGAAGGACAUUUUGUAGUGACCUUUCCAGAAUGGUGCCAACGAUCAUUGGACCAAAUUCAACAAGAAAUGGUCGACUUCAAUGUAGAGAGAUGCCCCCCCCAAGGGAAUUGGAACCUGAAAGCGAAUUCCGCCAGCAGGAUUCGAACCUGGGGUGGAUUCAUUCGAUUGCCACAGCGACGAAGACGGUCACGUGAGUACGGGGAUAUUUUAGUUCGGAUUCACUUACGGAAAAACUCUCUCUCUCUUUGUCUCUCUCUCCCUCUUUCUCUCCCUCUCUCUCCUUCUUCUGUAUCCCUCUUUCCCUCUCCACUCCCUCCCUCUCUCUCUCUCCCUCGUUUGUUUUGUGAUUAUAAAGGAGCAGAGAGAGAAAAAAAUGCCUCUCUAUCCAUAAAGGCACACCCAAGCAGAGCAGAAAUAUGUGGGAGCGCCAUAUCUUUAAAUACAAUGUGUAUCUACUUGUUGGCUGUAUGUCUGCAUACCUCUCUCUCUCUCUCUCUCUCUCCCUCCCUCUCUCUCUCUCUCUCUCUCUCUCUUUAA